AUGGGGCGGCGGCUCCCCCAGCGCUGCCCGCUCGGGCCGGCUCCGGACGGGACGGGACGGGGCGGGCUGGCAGCGCGAUGCACUCGCUCCCUCCGCUCCCGUCCAGCCGCCGCCGCGACUGGGGAGGCAGGGGGCGGGGAUGGGGAGGUGGCCCCGCGCCGCCGCGGAGACGCCCCCGACGGGGCGGACCCGCCGCCGCUGCCGCCGCCGUGUGCGGGGGACGGCGCCCCCCGAGCCUCGGGAGCCGGGGAGCAGCGGGGACCGCGCCGCCGGUGUCCGCUCUGGCAGCCCGCGGUGCCCGUGCGAGGCAGCGGCGGCAGCGCUGUCCCUGCCCGGCGGCCCUGGAGCCCGCUCGGGGGACGGGGAACGCCAGAGCUCCCCGCAGCAGCCACGGGUUACGGUGCCGAAACUACACACAGCCCAGCACACCACAGCCCAGGGCCGGGAAAGCCGCGAUCUCGCAAGGUUGGCAAGCCCGAGAGGAAGGCUAACCCCUGGCCAGGUCCUGUUCCAGCCACGCUCAUGCUGAGUAGCGCCUCAUUCAUUCAGCAGCCCCUCAGUAAUCAAUAUGUCUCCAGGGGAAGAAAUAUUGUGUACCAGGACAAAGUCAUCAGCCUGGAGCACAUCACCAAACAGAAAAUUAAUUGCAGUUGUCUGCUGGGUGUAGAAUGCUUGUCACUGGGACUAAAUCCAGUAGUCCCCAUAGAUCUCCAGGCCACUGGACACAGGAAAAGUCCAGGAAGAGAAAAUGAUGUCUCUCUCUGUUCAGAGAAUGUGAAUGCCACAUGACCACAUGCUGCCUGACUUACAGACCUCAUCUCAUCUGCCUACCCAAGGGUGCAGCCUGGGCAGCAUGCUUGUGCUGUCCCAGGCUGUGAUGAUGGCAGGAUGCAGCCUCACCACCCCCUGC